AUGCUUGCCCUGGGAAUCUCCAAUCUGGUUGGUGCAGCUUUCUCCUGUUACCCCGUCACUGGCAGUUUCUCCCGCUCUGCCGUGAACAAUUCCACAGGAGCUCAAACUCAGCUUUCUGGCGUCAUCACGGCGAUUGUCAUGCUCUGCACCCUGUUGUUUCUUACGCCUUUGUUCUACUACCUGCCCAAGUUUGCUUUGGCCGCCAUUGUCAUGAACUCCGUGAUCCCCCUGGUCGCCUUGGGGGAGGCGAAGCACCUCUUUCACGUCAAGAAGCAUGACUUCCUGCUUUGGGUCACUGCAUUUCUGGGCACGCUGUUCCUGGGCGUUCUCAUGGGAAUCCUGGUCGCGGUUGGCCUGUCACUGAUAAUUGUCAUCUACGAGUCCGCAAGACCACAAAUUACCAUUCUGUGGCGUAUUCCUGGCACCUCCAUCUACCGGAACAUGAAGCAGGAGAGCAGUGGAACCUUUAUUCAAAACGUGUUCAUCGCACGGAUCGGUUCGUCUCUGUACUUUGCCAACGCUUCAUUCGUGAAGGACAUGUUGCUGGCACAUGUCAGUGACUUGGAUAUUGUGAACAAGACCGAGUACAUCGUCUUGGAAAUGACGCCAGUGAUCAGUGUGGACUCCUCUGCAUGCCAUGUCAUCAAGGAUGUGGUCAACGAUUUCCGCAUGAGGAACAUGCAGGUGGCUUUUGCCAUGGUGGGCAAUCGGGUCGACAAGACUCUUCGCAAGGCGGGCCUGAAGAAGUUCAUCGGUGACCAGUGGUUCUUUCCCACCGUGGAGGAGGCUGUGCAGUACUGCGUGAAGCAUCAACAUGCCCGGCGAGUGCAGGAUGAGAGGUCGAGCCGUGCCGCCUCUGGAAUGCUGACUGAGGAAGAGAAGCAGGGCACCGCUGGCCCGAUCGACAUUUCUACUAUCCAAGUGCAUACUGGAAAUGAGAUCGGCUUUAGCAACGAUCUCCAUUCAAGCUGUACUAUGGUCUUCAUCAGCUUGGUCAAAGACGUCCCAAUGAUCAUGAGUGAAAUUGCGAAUGUCUUCAAGAAGAACCAGGUGAGUAUCAUACGAGCCCAGAUAGAUCCGUCGAAUGAUGAAAGCGGGGCGAAGCACAUAUAUUUCGUCCGCAGCAUCAGGACGGACAACAAAUUGACCGUCUUAGAGAUCAGCAGGAUCCGAGAGGACCUCGAGGUGGUUUUGAGGAGGCACCAGCUGAUCAAUUCCAAGGCCAGUGGUGAAACCUUCGAAGUGAUCUCCCCCAGCCACGGCUCCAUCAGCAAUGAGGAUAUACAGUUGCAGCACAGUGCAGGGACUGACCGGCUCUCCAGACUGGAAGAGGCGGAAUGUGGUGAGUUUGGUCUCUGGCCGGGAGCCUCGCAGAAGCCUCACUUCGAAGUGACGAAACAGUUUCGGGUUCUGUACCAGGGAGCUCCUUUUCCGAGACGGGCAGAGGCACUGCAGAGACGCGGACCUACCCUCACCGUGCUGGCCGCUGCUGCAGUGCCUGCGGUGACUUCGUGCAGCUCGCUGCCUCUAAGACGAGCUCGCCGAUGGCCAACUGGUCACGUGGUACGACUGCGGCACUUGGAGACCAAGCAUAGUUUUGAGUUCAUUGUCGAGAGACGUUCACACGCCGUGCUUCUGAGUUCUCCGCUUGCUCCGUUUGAGCGAGUGGCGUUGCCACCCGUCCUGCCUGAAAUAGGUGUGGGACCGGACAUCCUGGACCUAAACGUGGCCAGGGCUAGUGGAAACGACAAGGACUGGCCCCUGUUUUGGUGUGUCAGCAGCUGGGACUCUGAUGGUUGUCUCUGUCUGGAGAUCAGCAACGCUAGGAGGCCCGACCUGGUGCUAUCGGCAAGCCUUGAAGGUCAGCUGGUGCUGCAAAGGCGGCCAAUGAGUCCGGGAAGGACGGCAAGCAGCACGUUCAUCGAAGUCUUCUGCCAGGAGAACCUUAACGUUGCUGCGGCUGCGUCGGCUACACCGCUGCGCAGGUCGGAGUCUACCGGUGAUGAAGUGCAGAGUUUGGCACCAUCGGGCCGCUUGCUGCCAGAAGAUCUGCGCUCUUUCGCUCGGAAUGGCUAUGUUGUCGUCAAGAAGGCAGUCCCGGACUUUUUGUGGCGACCUGCCUGUGCGCUUGUUCACUCGCAAAUUGGCAGCCAGGGCAUGAUCCAGGGCGGCGACACGAGCAACUCAGGCUUUGAGUCUGUGGGGAAGCUCCAGGGCAAGACUCCACAUCGUCCUCAAUUCCGAGACCUUCUGCUGCACCCGUCGAGCGCUGCAGGCUCUUGCGCCGCUCAGAUGCUUGGAUGGCGAUCGAUAUCAGCUGUGCUGAAAGGGCGUCAGCUUCCCGCCCAGGUAGCGCUGAGAUUUCCGGAUGCCAUCUUGGCAGAGGAGAAGGCCACAUCCUGGGCGGCUCCGUUGCAGCUGGGUGACCUUUUGUGGCACACAGACGGUUGCGGUACGCGCCAAUGCAGCCGCCAUCCGUUCAGCUUGCUGGUAGGCGUGGCCCUCACAGACAGCCCGCAUGGGGAACAGCUGUGUGGAAACCUGUGCGAGCGACUGCUCAUCGCGGCCAAGGCACCGCAGGUUGUCCGUGACCUACCUGCUGCCUUGCGAGUGCAGGAAACUGUGCAGUUUGACGUGAGCAAAUACAACUUGCGCGAGCAGAUCUCCUCCUUGCUGGUCGGCGCGGAUGUGGGGCACUUCUCGAACGAGCAGAAGGCCUUGGAAGAUUUCGAGGCCAUCCCAAGCAUCUUUCGCUCCUUUCCAGCUCGGCAGCGGCUUUGCGAGGUUCUCACACAGGCUUCGGAGUUUCUGGCCGUGUACGAGAGGCUGGUGCUGGAGGUUCUGGUUCCAUGGCUCCGGCAGCGCUUGGAGAAACAGGUGGGGACCCUGGGCCCGACCACGUUUUCUUACCAGUAUCCACCUACCCUUCGGAUUCAGCCGGGAAGGAGCGAGGAGUUUAAGCGCCCACACCGAGAUGCAGAGUACGGCCAUCAAAUCGGGGAGUUGAACUUCUGGAUGCCACUGACUGACUACAACAUGACGCAGGCGACUCUGUGGGUGGAGUCCAGCCCGGGCGCAGAGGAUUUCCAGCCCUUGGCCAUUAACCACGGCAGCAUUGCAGUGUUCCAUGGCACACUCUGCAGACACAAGGUGCCGGCGAACACCUCUCCCUUCACGAGAGUGUCUCUGGACUUCCGAAUUGGUUUUGGGGACUUCUUUGACAGAGACUGGCAGCUUGAUGGCGUGAAGCAUAUUCACAGUCGAAGAGAGGUUGUCCAGUGA